UGUUGCUGUCAUUCACGUACAGGUGCCGGGCUGCGCUGUGAGGUAGCUGGCUGCCGGUCCUUUGCUGUCAGUGGUCGGGAUGCAGGAAGGGGGGUCGGAUGUGUGUAAGGGAGGCCCGGGGUCCUGAGGCGGAGGAUGGACGCCCCAAUGGGGCUCGCGUUGUUUUGGUUCAUUGUGUAUUUUCAAGCGAGCAGCGGGUUGGGAUCUAAUACAACCCAACCGGAGGCAGCGCCGAGUGUAUCGGGAACUGUACCCGUCAUAGGGGGGACUGCACCGGAGAACGAGGUGGGCAUACAGAUCGCCACACAAAGGAGUGCACCGGGGGGCCCCGCCAGUACACCCGAGCCUACUUUACCGGAGGUCACGCCGAGCUCCCAUGGGCCUGCACAGUAUAGCCCCAGUCUGGCGCCUAGUGCUGCGCCGACAACAGAGCCUGGGACCAUCUUGGUUGCUUCAUCACCUGCUCCUGCAGUGACUGUUCCCGGAACGACCCUUACAGCAGCUCCCUCUGUCACCAGCGCUCCCACCGAGACCACCACACAUGGUGUAUCCUGCAACUGCAGCGUGUUUGGAAGCAGAAAAUUAAGCACAUGCAAUAGCAGUCAGUGCGACUGCAUUCCUGGUUACGAAGGAUUGUCUUGUGACAUCUGCUCAAAGGACUUCUACCUGCACACGGCCAGUGGAUUCUGCCUGCCCUGUAACUGCAGUAGAUCAGGAGCAGCUUAUAGCAACUGUAGCAGCUCUGGGAAUUGUUCAUGCAAGUAUGGCGCAACUGGUCCAAAAUGUGAUAAGUGCAGAAGUGGUUUCUACACGCUGCCCCAAGACAGUGGGACAGAAAACCUGUGUGAUCGGUGUCCUUGCUCCACAGUCUCAUCCAGUGGAACCUGCCAUCUUGAUAAUGGUAAACCUGUGUGUGAUAAAUGCAAACCUGGAUAUGUGGGCCUGCAGUGUGAUCGUUGCGAUAACGGAUAUUACUCACUUGAUGCAAUUUGUCAUCCUUGCAAGUGCAAUGGGAAUGUUGAUCCAGUGAAAACACCAGAGAUCUGUAACAAAACGUCUGGAUCCUGCUUGCAGUGUAUAAACAACACACGUGGGCAAAACUGUGAGAAAUGUCUGGAUGGGUAUACUGGAGACGCUUUGCACAGGAAUUGCGUAAAGACAGAAAUCACAACUACAACGCCGCCUCCUACAACUACUACCACGUCAGUGGAUGAACAUACGACCACAAAUACAACAUUUAAAAUAACCACUGUACAAACUGUCUCAAGCAGUACAUCAAUAUUAACCACCAGCUCUUCAGAUAACAGCACCUCCAGCUUAGCAGAUGUGUCCUGGACCCAGUUCAACAUUAUCAUCCUGACCGUCAUUAUUGUUGUUGUGGUGCUGCUUAUGGGAUUUGUUGGAGCUGUAUAUAUGUACAGGGAAUAUCAGAGCCGAAAACUAAAUGCUCCUUUUUGGACCAUUGAACUAAAAGAAGACAACAUUAGUUUUAGUAGUUACCAUGACAGUAUCCCAAAUGCUGAUGUCUCGGGUCUGCUUGAAGAUGAUGCGAGUGAAAUGGCACCCAACGGCCAGCUGUCCUUGACAACACCCAUACACAAUUAUAAAGUUUGAGAUCGGCAUCUGUAGUUAUGCUCACCUAUCUGAUAUUUCAGUAAAAUACGUCAUCUGUCGGCUGAUACGUGUACAAUGUUAGGUGCAGCACCAGUAAACAAUACAAAUUUAUUUUAUUGUUCAACUAUCUCUUUAUAAACGUAUUCAGUCGUCUGGUGGACUUGAAAUGAUUCAAAAGUAUAUUUUUAUAUGGACGUUUUUAAAUGUUUUUUUUGUUUAGUUUUUUUUUUUUUUUUUUUUAAAGCUACUUUUGCUCCUACUCAUUCCGUGCUAGUAAUUUAGCUGUUGUUGCAUCUUCAUUUUUUUUUUCUGUAGUGGGGAGGAGUCUACUCUUUAUCUAUAUAAUGUGAGUUCUAGGGAGUGUUUAGCAGACUUUUUCUUUUUUUCCCUUUCUUUCUUUGGGACAAGUUUAACAAGGGCAGUAUGCAUUUUUUUGUAAAGGGAAGGUGGCAAUACAUCUCAGGGUUUCCAAUGUAAAAUAGUGAACAAACCUAGGUGUAAUAUUCUACCCUGAUAGUUUGUAAAUAUUCUGUAGAAUAUGCCGUUUCAAACUUGCAUUUUUAUCUAUUUGUAAAAAAAAAUAUUAGCUGUAUGUUCUAAUGUAUUUUUUUUAUUUUGUUUUGUAGAGGAGGGGCUCGUUAAUUGUGCUGUAAAACAUUGCUUGCUGGAGCUGGCUCUUCAGUUUGUUUACCCUUUUCCCAAAUAGCUUCUUGCCUUCAAAUAUAUAUUCUAAAAAAAAGCUGUUAGCAAUGAACCAGUCUUAAAUUGUUUGCGUUAAAUGUUUAUUUUAGAGUGGAAAGAUGUUUUAAAUUAAACAGCAUAAAACAAGGACAUGAUUUCUCUAAUCAGCCUAUCAAUUGAUUAUCCUUUACCAUGUAUUCUCCUUUAAUAUUUUCUUCUUUUUUUUUUUUCCCACAUAAAUUGUGGUUUAAGUAUGUUUUAAAGGGACAGUGAACUGUAAAAUUAUUUUUCUUAAUGUUUUUUUUCAAUGACUUGUUUUAUCAGCCACAGAGUAUAAAAUGUUUAUGAAAUUAUUCAGUUAGCUUUAUUUUUGUAUAUGAAAGAACCGUCUUUGUUCUUUGAAACCACAACUUAUCAAAAUGGGUUAAGCUUGCAGGGAGAUGAGAUCUUUUUCUUGUAUCGCUUUCUAAACACAUAUGCUUUUUUAUGGUUGUGGUCUGUAAACCAAAGCCCAGUACUUAGAGAGAACAGUUAAAAAAUUAAUUUUGUAUUUAUUCUGCCUCCUCCUGGGGGUGUAUUUUUUCUGGGGGCUAUGUUUUGUUUAACCUAUACUUAAGUAUAGAAACUUUCAGUAUAGGUAGGAAUACCACAGGCAAAAUAGGGUUUUUCAAAUGCCAAAAUAAAAUAAAAGGAGCAAUUUGUAAACUAUUCACUCCAGCAGGUAACAAUAGAUCAUUGGGAAUAAAUCAAAGGGAAAAUAAAUGUUUUGGGUAAACUGCCCCUUUAGAGGGGAACUGAAUGUCAACAUACAGAAGAGUUGCUAGUAAAUAUGUCUAUUGUGCAAGUACAUUUUAGAAGCAGUUUGUGUUGAAAAAAAUGUAUCUUUACUCAUUGGCUUAUAGUGAAAGUUCCCAGAACUAAAUUGGCAGAUGUUGUCACAACCCCAUGAGCUGGAAAACCAAGUAGUUUGUCACCACAGCAAAGGGCCACUGAAGUGAGAAUAGGUUGUGUUCCUUGAAGUUUAGUUUCUUACUUUUCAGUGUUGCUUUUCAUAAAUUUAUUUAUUUUAUUGAUAAAUACCAACCUAACAAGCUUAGACGUUUUUUCUUUCUUUUUUUAAUAGAUAUAUAUGGUGCUCCUGGUAAUACCCAACUCUUUCAGUGUAAACUCUGCAACCUUUUUAAUUUUUAUAUUUUGAUAUUUGUAACAAAUGAUGCAGGAUUCUGAAAUGGUUUAUCAGACAACUGAAUAACACGGUAACAAAAAUAUAUAUAUAUUAGAAGGGAUUCUACAAAUAUUAACACUUUUUAAACAAUGUGGCAGAAUUACAGAAUUUUUGUGUGAAGUUUUUAUAUUUAUAGAGUUAAAAUAUAAAGCAUUAUGAGAGUGAACCUUGUAAAUGAUAACCUGUUUCUACCAGCGUGCCAUAAUGGUUUGUUUACCGCAUUUUCUUCAGAUUCCGCGGCUGUACCAAUAAACUCGGUGAGAUUUUUAUGACAUCUAAAAAAAUUUUUUUUUAGUAUUUUUGAAUUUAGUUAAAGUAUAACCUAUUAUACUGGAUUACAUCUUAUCCGUAUAGACCUAGGGUAAAGUUAAUUAUUUUGUGUUAUGGUCCCAAAGUUUUUAAUGUAUCUAUAGAAGCUGGUUUAGUAAAUGUCACCUCUUCUAUAUGAGAAAACGUGAACUUGCAUACACUCACAUGAGGGGGUUUUUAUUCCACGAACGCACACAAAACCCUUCUUUUUUUUUCUUUUUCUGCUUUUUGCUGUUGUCUUCUCCAUAUGUUUGUAUAGAUGAUCCUGUUUGUGUUUUGUUUGCUUUUUGGGAGGGUUUUGCAAUGUCUUUGUAAUAUUUCUAAGCAUCCUCCUGUACCGUUUGCUUUUUUUCUCAAGAUUGAAAUAAAUGUUCUUCAGAAUGAAUACUGCCCUUGGCAAAUGAUUAUUACGUAGCGUUGUGGAUCAAGAGUUGCUUAAUUUGAAUUAUACACCACUUCACUGUAUUAGUCACAAGUUAAUUGUCUCUCCGAUUUAGGCCUAAACUGGGGGUAGAUUCACUUUUAAUUCCCAAAUAAGUCUUUAAAAAUGUUUAUCAUAUAGUAUUGUAAUAGUCAACAGCCCUUGAUACUGGAUAUAAAACUUUAGCCUGGAAGACAUCCCUCUGGAGAAGUCUGCUGGAGUAUUUAAGCGGAGGUUAGGGUGUACACAAAAGUUAAUCCGUAUGAGGCAACUACUUUUGGACAUUUUGUAUUUCAUAGCGGUCAGCUUAUUUCAAUCCUGGUAGAGAUGCUGGGAUAGAUUUACUGACAGCCUCUCCAUCCUCUAGUUUCUCCCGGAUCAUCUUUUUAUUUUUUGGGGCCUGAUUACUAAAGGAUAAAGAGAUGAGUUUUUUUUGCUGAAUCCAGUGCAUAGAACAAUAAUUGGAGACUGAAGAAGUGGUUAGGGAAUUCUGGGUACUGUAGUGCUUCAUAAAGUGGAUUUCAGAAUAUCCUGUUGGCUGUGUCAAUAGAUGUUGGUACUAUGCAUGAGCUGUUGCAAAGCUUUUUGUAUUAAACAGACAUGUCAGCCAGUGCCUGGCACAUGGUACCAGCAAAAUGUUAAAAGCUAAAUGAGCCUUUCAUUUUGUGAAUACAUUUUGCAUUUCAGUUUGUCUUGCAGUAAGAGAAAUAGAAAGCUAAAUCUGCUCAGCCCUAAUAUACAUGUCCCUUUAAGAGGAAUGAAAUGACAGUGUACAGAAUAUGAUGUGCCCCUUUUUUAUUUCUCGUGUAUUAUAAUCUACUUCACUCAUAACUUUUUCUUGAAUAUAUAUGAAUUAAAGGAACAUGAUACCAAAAUGUUGAAGCACUUGAAAGUGAUGCAGCAUAGCUGUAGAAAGUGGACUAGAAAAUCAGCUGAACAUCUCUAUGUAAAAUAGGAAGAUAUUUUACCUCCAAAAUGUUCUCAGUAGCCACAUCCCAUUGUAAAGGGAUUUUCAGCUACCAAUCACGAUGCUAGUCCCAGGACUUACGAGGGAGAGGGCAUGUUAAUUCUCUAUUCAGUUUAAGCAACUUUACUAUGAAAUCUCGUGAGAUCACAGUAAAGGGAAUCAUGACUUCAGCACUGCUGAUUGGCUUAUUGUUUGUUUUGAGUUUUUAUUUAUUUAUUUAAAUUUCAAACCUGCAUAUGGACAGUAGCUGAAGUAUAACUGUUCACAGAGUUCUUACGAUUGUAAGAUGAAGACAUUUUGAGGUAAAAUUAUAUUUCUUUUUUUACAUUUAGAUGUUCAGGUGAUAUUUUCUGGUCAGCUUUUUACCGUCAUACUGAAACACUUUCAAGUGAUUUAGCAUAUAAGUAUUAUGUACUUUUUAAAAACUAACCUCCUUGAGUAGCUUUAUCCCUUGAACUGCUGUGGCACGUAGUGACACAAAUUUGAGAAAUCUAGUUAAACACUGCGGUGCUUUCUGGAGGCAACUUUUUCAUCUAGUAAACUAGCAUUACAAGUAGGCUUGCACUAUUUUAGUUUCAGUAGCAUUUAGGGAACCCCCUAUAUUACAAUAUAUUCAUAAUCUCUUACUAAGACUUCAAACACAAAGUGCUUUUUCUUCUGGUGGUCAAACAUAUUUUUUAUGUUUAACUUCCAUCGAUGUAUCUGCAUGAAUUGAUGACAAUAUAUUUUCUUGGAAAGCUGAGACUUCCAAAUGAUCAACUUGUUAGAACAUUCCAGGAGAAUUUAUUCUGAUCAAUAGUGUUCUUCACAAUGGGAAUGACUGGUAAUAAACCUCAGGACUAAAUAUGGAAAGUUGAUCUCUACUACCCUUCUCUGCUUUUGAGCCAUUUAGGGCUAUUUAUUGCGUUUUGUACGUGCAAUACUUGCAAAUAGUUGCACUGAUUAUUAAACUACAUAUUUAUAGUGUACCCCAAAAUAAGAGUAUAAAGAAUAGUUUUAUAUCAUAACGGGAUAUUUUGUUUCUCAUAUUGAUUCUGAGAGCAUAUAAAAACCAGAAAGGUCCGUCAAGUUUAUCCAGGUCUUCAUCUAACAAAAGGUGACUUGUGCUUUAUCAAAGACCUUUUUAAAAAUGUCCCGUCUAAAGCUCUGAAUAAGCAAGUAUGGUCGGUCUGGAAGGCUCAUAAACAAUGGGUUAUUGAUUGAUAAUUAGCAUCUGUUAAAUGGAUAUGAAACCCAAAACAAGAUGUAUUUUGUGAUUCAGACGGAGCAAAGUUUUACUUACAUUUUUUAUUUUAUUGCUUCAGUCCCAAGUUUAUUCUUUGUUGAAGAGAUACCGAUCUAGGUGUCUGGAGCACUACAUGGCAGAAAAUAGUGCUGUCAUCUAUUGCUCUUGCAUAUAGAUAAUCUUGCAAAACUGCUGCCAUAUAGUGCUAUUUCAGACACUUUCCCAAAAUACCGGAGAAUUUUAGCAUUUUUGAUAUUUACCCAUCAGUAGGCAACCCAAGGUAUUGAUCUAGGCCCAUUUUGGUAUAUUUCAUGCCACCAUUUCACCGCCAAAUGCGAUCAAAUAGAAGGUUAACUUUUCACAAACAUUGGGUUUCUCACUGAAAUUAUUUACAUACCACUUGUGCGGUUAUAACACACAUGGAUGUAAAAGCUUCUCUGGGAUACCCUUUGUCUAGAAAUAGAUGCAUAGCUUUGCCAUUGCGUUUUGGCAAUUAGAAGGCCUUUAAUUUCAGCUGUGCACCACACUUCUAAAAUUCCCGGCAGUGAAAGGGUUAGUUGGCUAUCUGGUAAUGGUAAUAUUACCCUCCCUCCUGAUACUUCCCUGAUCCCUCUCAAACAGCUCUUCCACCCACACUCCUCAUCGCCAUCUUUUGUAUUGGCAGACAGUAUGCACUUUAGUGCUUUUUUUUUUUUAUCCUGCAGUGUAGUGAUCCCACCCAAACAGCUCUCUAACACUCCCCCACCACACACUCGCUAGUGGUGGCCAUCUUAAAGUGUCAUAAAACAUGUUGAGAUCUGUGCAUAUCCUAAAAGGGUUAAUUAAGUAAAAAUAGUUUGCAUAAAAAAAUGUUUAAAAAUUGAGGACAAGUAUUUUAAAAUCAUUUUAAAAAAAAUAAGCAAAAUUAUUUACAUAGCAAUGCUGUGUGGAGUAGUCUGAUCCACCCCCCCCCCCCUUUAUCAGUGUUUAGCAUCAGAAACACAGGCAUUGCAUUUCAACUGAGUUCACAGCAGCUUAUUUGCUUCUAGGCAUGCUCCAGCAGAUGACUGUUAAAGUCUUGCAUUCUACCAAAUCAAAGGUGGAUAUAAAUACAGCCAUAGAAGGAAUUGUGUGGGGGGAGUUAGAGCUGUACAAUUCAGAAACUUAAAAGAACGGGUUAAUGGUGAGGCACUGCAGUAUAAAUUUACAGGUAAAGUAAUCAAAGUACAUAUUUAUAUUUUGUCUCUAAAGUACAUAUUAUAUUUUGUCUCUAUCCCAACUUUAUGUCCCUUUAAGUACUGACAACUGUCUGCCAGUUCCCAUUUUUUUAUUUAUAUUUUUAUAAUGUAUUGUUUUCUUUGAUCUUUAUAUAGCCCUCCCUUUGAUUUCCCCCUUUUUUUCUGUAGUUUAGCAUCCCAUCCCUACCUCUCCCUUCAAACCCGUUUUCUGAAGCAUUGGGUCCCUCCCACUCCCUCCCAACUUCUCGCUGGCACCAAUGGACAUAGACAUUGUCACAAUCUGUCUUCAUAUGGUAACAGAGCACUAAUUGUGCUUAGUUACCAUAUAAAGGCAGAUGCUUGAAGUCCACAAGCCUCGGUAGUCACUUGGCAACGGAGACUGUUAGGGCUUCCAGCAUAAUGGACAUAACUCUACGUUAUGCGGUACGAUGGGCUAUGUACCCCAUGAUGUAGAUCUACGUCCAUUUGGCCCAAGGGGUUAAUAUUAAAAGUAAAUUAGAAAGUUGUUUAAAAUUGUAUGUUCUAUGUAAAUCAUGAAAUAAUUAUUUUGGGUUUCAUGUCCUUUUCAGGCUACAGCAUUAGAUUUUCCACUUGAAUCUAGCAUUUCACCUGUACCCACAUAUUUUCCCCCAUCAUUCUUUCUGUAUUUCUUGUGCUUCAUUGUGAUUUUUCUGAAAACAUCCAUUUUUGCUUAGCUUCUCUUACAACAUGGACUUGUAAAUGUUUUGCAUCUUUGUAUUAAUAAGUUACAACAAUGUUAAUUUAUAAUUGUACAUAACCUGUAUCUUAUUUGUAUGUAAAUUUGUUUCAAAUGCUAUGUAAAGACAACUGAAAUUUUGAAAUGAAAA